CACACGUCGCUUAGCUUAGGUUUCUCCACGCUACGACAAAGAGAGCGCAACGCCGGCACGCCGCAAGGCCGCAUCCCUUGGACACCACAAAUCUCGAUAUAAAUAAUAUUUUAACACGUCGCUGUCAUUACGUCACUUAAUUUUUUGCAGUAAAUUUCAACAAAUUCCGUCAUGCUCAAAUUCUCAAUAUUUAUCAAUACGUCGAUCUUAGUCAUCUUAUGCCCGAUAAUACUUGUUCUAUGUGGUUUAAUAGAGGCAUCAGAGCGAGGACCAAAGUCUACAGAAACAUUUUCUAGUCUCGCUAUUACUUCUGACAUUGCUAUUGACUUGGAAGAGGAUGAAACUGUGAAAACAGAUUUUUUGCAGAAUAUUAACCCAAAGAAAAUAUUCAUACCUUCUACUGAGUGGAAAGUCAUUGAUGCUGAUCAUGUGGUGCUACCUGGACUUCACUAUCGUAUGAACCUGGAGACUGGGAUGAAAGAAGCAAGACUAAUGGAGGGUGAUGAUGGUUCCAAAUACCUUGCAUCUGCAAAGCAGUGGUUGCAAAAACACAAAGUUUAUCUUAAUAAUAUCAAUGACUUUCAAGCUGAUAAGUUUCUCAGUGAUGUUCAUAAGGAAAACCUUUAUCUUAAAACUGGAAAUGAAAAGGGCAACUUGGAGGAUUUCAUGAAUGAUGUGAGAAAAAUUGAUGAUUCUCAAAGGCUGAAUAGAGAGCAAGAUGAUGGUACCACUGACGAACCAGUUGAGCACAAAGAAACAUCUACCAAAUCAUUUCGGACUUAUGAGGAGUUAAAGGAAGAAUUGGCUGCUCUGAAUCUAAUAAUGGAAAGUGAACAGAACAUUGUUGCCAAGAAAAUUCUUGAUCACUACGGCCUUGAAACUGAUGAUGAAAGAUUGGAGAGUCUUGCAGACCUAGAAUACUUACUUCACAACAUUGACAAUGCCCAAACUUUUAUUGAUCAUGGAGGCUUUUCAAAGGUAACGAUUCCUGCCCUGAAUAGCACGUCGUGGGAGCUACGGCGGGCGGCAUGUCGUCUCCUUUCAGCUUGUGUCCAAAACUUUCCCAAGGGCCAGAUCAGUGCUUAUGAAGCAGGGCUCGUGCAACGCCUCAUAGCAAUGUUGAUUGCUGAUCCUGAAGCGACAGUGCGGAGUGCUGCGUUGUCAAGCGUGAGUUCUCUAGUGCGUCACUUCCCACUGGCACAGCAACAGUUCAUUGCACUCGGUAGCCACGCUGUCAAAGCUACGCUAUUCUCGACCACAGAUGCCUCUGCAGUACUGCGCCGUAAAAUGAUAAACUUACUGAGCGAUUUACUGAUGGAGCGUGCCGAGACCUCGCUAACGGAAGACCGCCUGUCGCAACUCGAGGCUGUGAAGCUCGAGGAGUCGCUUGCUUCCAUGGGCUGGUGCAGUUUAAUUUCUCAGCAACUCGAGCUUCUUAACAACCAGUUGUCAGUUGAAGCUUCAGAGUUAGAGCGCGGCAGCAUAGAGCACAACUUAGACUCAGUACUACACGUGGUUGAGGCUUCACCAAGCGUGUGCAGUGAAGAGCUUCGCAACGCCGUGCCUGCGCUACGAAAACUCGCUGCCCUACAGGACGUCUUCUCGCAACCAACCCACCACAACCUCGAGAACGAAGACCUCGAGGACGAGUCAAACCUCAGAGAUGAUAAUUCUGAGGUGGUUGAUCGCAUCCAGCGUAUCAUUGCUACGCUUGAGCACAAUCGGAGUCGGCAAGAGUUAUGACUGACGUAAAUAUAUGUAUGACGUUGAAAAAUUUAUCUCGUAUGUUUGUAUUUAUUAUUACUUUGCAAUAAUUAUACAUGGAGCUUGUGUUCAAUUUUUUAUUGUAUG